AAGGGAGGCCGGUAGGCGGCAGCAGGAGCCGGAGAGGGAUGCGGCAACUGUGAGGGAAGGCGGGGAUGAGGUAGCCGUCGCCGGCGGAUUCGGGCGCGCCGCUUCCUCCUCUGCUCCUCGCAUGUGCCUUAAGAGCAAUACGGGAACCUUCGCCUGCGGGAGCCAUGUCUGAAAGCGGCUCCACGCCCGCCGCGGCCGCGGCCGCCACCAUCCUCAACGGCGGGGCCGCCUCCCGGCACCCCGGCAACAAAGUGGCCGUGGUGUUGGGGGCACAAUGGGGCGACGAGGGCAAAGGGAAAGUGGUGGACUUGCUGGCGCAGGACGCGGACAUCGUCUGCAGGUGCCAGGGAGGCAACAAUGCUGGGCAUACUGUCGUGGUAGAUUCUGUGGAAUAUGAUUUCCAUCUCUUACCCAGUGGUAUCAUCAAUCCAAAAGUUACGGCUUUUAUUGGAAAUGGUGUGGUAAUUCACUUGCCAGGAUUGUUUGAAGAAGCAGAGAAAAAUGUUAAAAAAGGGAAAGGAUUGGAAGGUUGGGAAAAAAGAUUAAUUAUAUCUGACAGAGCUCAUAUUGUAUUUGACUUCCAUCAAGCUGCUGAUGGCAUCCAGGAACAACAAAGACAAGAGCAAGCAGGAAAGAACUUGGGAACUACAAAAAAGGGAAUUGGUCCAGUGUAUUCUUCUAAAGCAGCUCGAAGUGGGCUCAGAAUGUGUGAUCUAGUUUCUGACUUCAAUGAAUUUUCAGAAAGAUUCAAAGUGUUGGCCAACCAGUACAAGUCUGUUUACCCUACCUUAGAGAUAGACAUUGAAGGAGAAUUGAAAAGACUGAAGGGUUACACUGAAAGGCUCAAACCAAUGGUGAGAGAUGGUGUAUACUUUAUGUAUGAAGCUUUACAUGGCCCACCAAAGAAAAUUUUAGUAGAGGGUGCAAAUGCAGCACUACUGGACAUUGAUUUUGGAACUUAUCCUUUUGUGACCUCAUCAAAUUGUACUGUGGGAGGUGUUUGCACUGGCUUGGGUAUGCCACCACAGAACGUUGGUGAAGUAUAUGGAGUUGUGAAAGCAUACACAACUAGAGUUGGAAUUGGUGCCUUUCCCACAGAACAAGAUAAUAAAAUUGGAGAAUUACUGCAGACACGUGGGAAAGAGGUUGGUGUGACCACAGGUCGGAAAAGAAGAUGUGGCUGGCUGGAUCUUGUGUUGCUUAGAUACGCUCACAUGAUCAAUGGAUUUACUGCAUUGGCUCUUACCAAAUUGGAUAUUUUGGAUGUAUUUCCAGAAAUUAAAGUUGGUGUUGCUUACAGAAUAAAUGAUAAAAUCAUACCUCAUUUUCCAGCAAACCAAGAAGUCUUAAAUAAAGUAGAGGUUCAGUAUGAGACCCUCCCAGGAUGGAACACAGACAUUUCAAAUGCAAGGACUUUUGAUGAACUGCCUGUAAAUGCACAAAACUAUGUUCGAUUUAUAGAAAUGGAACUAGGAAUUCCUGUUAAAUGGAUUGGAGUAGGAAAAUCCAGGGAGUCGAUGAUCCAGCUCUUCUAAAGAUACUAGAUAAAUGGAAGAAAAGAAAGCACACUCCACAAAGAGACUGUCCAUUCUUGUAUCUAUUAUUCUUAACCUAAGCAGCAAUGAUUUUUGGAAGUUGGACCUUGUAUUUAAGAGCUAAAGAUGGUCUGGACAAACAAUUGUUACUGCUGUAAAAGACUUUGGCAACUAUCAGUAUCACUUCACAAAUUCCAGGGCAUUUGUCACUAUUGCCACCAUUUGUCAAGGUGCCACCAGAUUUCCCCACCCCCUUCAGAUGUUUGUCCCAACAGUAUCUUUCUAAAUCAAAGGUUGUGCAUUACUUUCAUGACCAUAUGUCUUUAUUGUCUCUGCUUUUGGUGGUGUUACUUCCUGAAAUUUUAGAUGCUUAAAAUAAUUAAUGCAGUUUUGCACAGAGUUUUACAUCCUCAUUUGUACUCCUAAAGCUGUUGUUACCUGUAUGGCUGCUGUAGUAGUGUGUGAUUAAAGAGAGAGAUGAUUUUAUAAUGAUGAAGAAAACUCUUUUUUGUUACAGGUUUUUAUUAAAACUAUUAUGAAAUGAUAGUUUGGAAAGGAUGUUUAAUAUGUAAACAGUGCAACAACUUAAAUUAUAAAUUAAGAUACUGAAAACAUAUUGUAGGUGUAUUAUACUCACUACUGAAAGGAGUUCAUUAAUACAUUUUUAGCUGUUAUGAUACUUCUGCGUUUCAGCUUUUUUUCAUUCUGCCCAAUGAUCCAUAAGUUCAUUAGCCUAGUGCCAAAUCCACAAAGUUUCAAAUAUUUAGAGGAUUAUCGGAAAUUGGAUGCAUAGUCUGGUCCUUGUAUACACGAGCUACUGGCAGUCCUGUUAGGGACACAUUGGGCUACCUAGGUAAAUAAAUACUGAAGCCAAUACUUUACUGUAAAUAGAUUAAAAAAAUAUAUCAUCUUGGCAAAUACCCUAACAUAACAGGAUGUACAAAUCAUGUUUGUUGGUAUGUGUUUUGUGGCUUUUGUUUUGUUUUUGCAGAAGCCUUUUCUUUUGAUUCCAUUGCAUGCCUGCUAUGUCAGUCAUUCUUUCCAACAGUUAUCGGUGUUAUAGAUGUGUAAGUAUUUUCAGUCCCUAUUAUAUGCCGUAACAUUCUCAACAUCAUUCAUCAGCUUUAUAAGGUGAACAAUGGUGGCUUUCUAACUCCUUUAUGCUGAAAUUCUUCCAUACCUUGCCUCUUUUCAGUGAUAUUUUAAGAGUUACUGUAAGAGAGGUAAGCCGAAACAGUACACAGAAAUAAAUUUUUAGGGGUUCCCCCCAUCUGAUUUGCAAUCUAGAUAGCAAUGCGGAAAUUACAAAUCUCUGGAAAUCCCAUUGGCUUGAAUUGUGAAACCAACAUGGCUGUAACUUUGUUUUCUCACAGUCCUAUCUGUUUUUCUGAGACUGUUUCGAGCAACAGAUCAGUACAAAUCUGUUUGGGACAACCCAACUCUGUAGGGGUUUGUAGCUGCUUCAGCCUGAUCUGGAUAGGGCACAAAUCAGUCUGAAUAGGUCCAAUCUGAUUCAGUCUUCAGCCAGAUCUGGUGUACAACUCUACUAAAUAUGUGAGCUGUGUUUACAUUUUUAUCAACUGGCAUUUUGUAUGAGAUAAUGGUUGCUAGUUGCUGUUGACAUACUAGCACUAAUUACAAUGCCCACCCCACCCCCUUUAAAUGAAUUUUAUUUUGAAAUCAUACAGGCAACAAAAAUACAAUGCAACCAGAUCACUAAAGGGAAAGGAAACUGAUUACAGGCUUUAGUGUAGCUUCACUAAGCUUGUGGGACAGUAAAAGUAAAAUAGCCUAAGGAGAAUAUCAUUAACUAUUGAAUGUGUAUGCUGAAUCAUAAUCAGGACAAACUUUGAUUAGAAUACGAUUGGAAGCUUGGGCUUCCAUAUAACAGGUAAACAAACCAUGGUGCCAUAAUAGCUUUUAAAAAACUGAAUAUUUUUGAUGCACUUGCUGAGUAUGUUUGUACAUAACCAUGGUCUUUCACAUCCACUGUUGCUUGUGAGGUACAUUGCACUAUACACCACUUUCAGGUGUGUACAAUUGGUGUACAAUUGGUUAAGAAGACCUUUAUGCAGAAAUCCAGGGGUAGGUAAUCCAAAAUAAACAUUUUCUGUUAAGAAAAGAGUGAGAUGGAUCCAGAGCUGCAUAAGUAGCUAUUCACUCACACAACAGGUUUUUUGUCUUCCCUCCUCACUUCAGCUCCUUGGACCCACAACCCUCUUUUUCAAAUUGCUUCUCCAGAGGUAGUAAGUGUUCACUUUCUCUUUAAUCUUUUUGACUCCAACCACUCGUAGACAACACUCCAUCAUUCAUUAAAGUGUUAUCCCAAGUUACAAGUGGAGGAAGGGAGGGAGCAGCCCUAAAACAAUAUUGUAUCAUUCCCUCAUCUUUUCCUUACAGCUUUGAACGGUUGCUUCUUCCAGUGACCUGUAGGUGUUCCUAUAUUGCAAAAAUUGGGAUAGGUCUAUAUAUGAUACCCUGCAUCACACGUCUUUCCAGUAUUAAACAUACUAGUAUGGGUAAAGAGGGAACAGUUUGCAGAGUUUUACAAAACAGUAAUGCCAUUCAAGCUUCUGGUCUCUCUAGCUCAGGCAUAGGCAACCUUGGCUCUCCAGAUGUUUUGGAACCACAACUCCCAUGAUCCCUGACCACUGGCCCUGUUAGCUAGGGAUCAUGGGAGUUGUAGUUCCAAAACAUCUGGAGAGUCAAGGUUGCCUAUGCCUGCUCUAGCUUGACCAUCCUGCUUGCUUCCACAUCUCCAGAGCAAGGUGAAAGAAGAGCGGUAUUGCUCUAGUGGGGUGGAAGAGGGGAUGGAAUCCUAUCCCUUUCCCCAUUUAGUCCUAGUAUGAUUUAUUUUGCCCUGCAUUGUGCACUAUUGUGGGACAGGGGCGGGGGCACUCAGAAGUGAAUAUACGGUAGUCCUUGUAAGUUCCCUGGAAAUAUGCAUAGGGGAUAGAAGUGAUCUAAGUACACCUCCCGUUGCUUUUUACUCCUGCCUUUCUGGGACAAAGAAGCCAUGAUCAUUUUGUUUGGGGGGGGGGAGGGAGAAGACGCCUUUUGUAACACUGAUUAACUUCUGCCUGUGCUUUGCAGUUGCAGCUCUGAAAGAUAUGUAUCCCCCCACUUUGAUACUAUUUACCUUCAAGCUUUUCUAUCUCUAAAAUCAAGUUUCAGAAGUGUUCAAAGCAGUUCAGAUCAUAUUUAAAAUUGAAACAAUAUCCAUAUAGUAUAAGAAGUCGUCUUUAGUACUUUUGUGGGAGGCAGUCUUGAAAGGUUAUUCCAUCUUGUUGUUCGGUGUGUGUGUGUUUUUUUUAAAAAAAACACAGCUUGGCUGAAAGAAUUUAUCAAACUCCCAUAAAUGAAGGUUUAGUUUUGUCUUUCUUCUUUGCAGAAAAACUUUUCCAAACAGACUGUGAUUCAGCAUCAGUUUUUGGAUGAUAAUCCUCAGCAAUGUCUAUAAUUUAAACAUAAAAUCAUUAUUGGCCCUGCUGCUUGAAUUCAGAGGGAAUUAAUGAAUUCAAAACCUGUUGAUAAUUGGCUGGCAGCUUCUAACACUUCCAUCCCACAUACCCCAGUCACAUAAAAAAGCAUAUACCAGACGCUUCAUGUAACUAUUCCUCAGCAAUGUGCCUUUUUCUGAAGGCUCUGUAGAUCACAUUAAAAAACAAAAACAAUGUGCCCUGCUAUGGCUGUUGCAUUUUUUGUUUCUCAUUCUAGCCUUUGACUCAUCCGAUCUGUGUGUUAACUCUUCCUCCUCCACAUCCACUUGAUUGGUUAUUCUGAACUGAUAAAUCAUUAUUUAAUCGCAGCCCAAUGGUGGAAGAAGAACUACAAAGCUUGGACUAUUAAACCAUUGCUGAUCUUAACCUAGAGACAUUGAAACAGUAACAGUUGUAUCGAGCACUGUUGCAGAAAAUGAAUUUAGUUGCCCACCAGUUCAAAUAUAAAGCCACAUGAUUGCUUGGAACACCUCUGCAGAGCUAAAAAAGAGCUUUGGCUUGACUUCCCCCUUUGUGUGGCACCCAUCCCCACUCCUGGUGCCAUAUUAUACUACUUGGUCCUGUAGUUUAAGGCCCUGCUUCUUGUGAGAAGCAGGUCCAAAACUCCCAUGGGUUCACAGAAGCGUUAGAGUUCUUUGAAUUCAGACCUGUAUAUUCUCAGAGGAUGACAAGCACUGCAUACUUCAGAGAAGUUUAUCCUUCUGGAAAGGGCAAAGAAGGAUAUUUUAAUCUGUAGGCCAUUGUUGGGCAGAAGGGCAUUCUGCCAAAAUACCAGCGUUGGGAUUAUCUCAUAGUAGACUGCUAAUCCAUGAGCUAAUAACUUUACCUGAUACGCAGAGCUUGCAGGACUGAAGGUCUUUUUCUUUUUUCUUUUUUGGCACUAAUUUCAAUUGCGUAUGUAUUUUUAAAAUAUUGAAACUUUUUUUUUCAUUUUAAGAAAUAAAGCCCUGCAAAUUGCUGGUUAAAUGCUUGUUAACGUUUAAUGCAAGGGUUAAUUUUCAUGAAAACUGUUGGGCUAAACCUCUCGCUAUAUUCUUGCAUUUACUCUCCUGCUCUAGGUGGGGAACAGUACGAUUAGCUCCCUUCCAAGCUGUGAUGAAGGCAUGCAAUGCACAUCAACAUUUAUAUAAAUAUGUCUAACAGUGAAGGAUUUUUUUUUUUAAGCCAGCCUAAUGGCUACCUUCCACAUUUAUUUCUUAAAAAGGAAGAUACUACUGUGCUUUGCUUCUGUGUAAGGUCAAAAGCUUCUGUUGGCCUUUUUAUUGCAAAAAAAGUAUACGACAGUGAAUGUGCAAAUCAAUACAUAAAGUUAUUUUUUAUAAGAUUGAAGAGCUUUCCUAACCUAAAACAUAGGUUGUGUAUGUUAUCUGGCUAAGAAUUUACCCACCUGAUUUGUAAAAUGGCAAUGUGAAUGAUUCUCUGUAUGUUGUUGUUGUACUCCAGUCACUGACUUUCUUCUUGGUCCUCUGGUAGUGAAUAUAUUGCUUCAGAACUAAAUAGUCAUAGCCAUGCUGAAGUACAGUUUCAUGUUUUACUGGGACUGUCUGCAUUUUUCUAUAAAGGCUUUAUGAAAAAGAUAAAACAAAUCAGUAAUCUUGUGUUGACACCCAGCUUGGUAAAACAUGAGCUGCCUGUAAGAGUAGCCAAAUAUCUAAAUACUUAUUCUAAUAUCCUAUUGAAAUGGACCAUUCAGUUUUAAUCCAGCUAUAGUCUAAUAGGCAUUAGCAGCAUGGCAGCUUACAGCCGGACUCAUAAUAAGCUAUUGUUUGUUCCAACUGAAUAUCGGGUUCUUGAGAUAGUGCAAAUGAGGCUGUGCACUUUGCACUUACAGCAGAGUAAACUGCAUUGAUUUUAUUCUGUUGUGGAAGCUUACUGUAACAUAUAAUAAAUAGCUUUCAAUACUAGCUGGAGGUUUUUUUU